AUGAAGAUUCUCAGCAAGGAAGAAGAAGACGCUCACUACAGAGAGGUCCUAAAGGGCGGCACACUCGGCGGCGUGGUCGGUCUCGUCGGCGGUGUCGCAGGCGUGAUGGCCGCCUCGCGACGGUACGCCACCAUCCGCAACCUCACCCUCCCCAUGAAAUCCUUCCUGGUGACCUCCUCCGGAACCUUCUUCGGCAUCAUCGCCGCCGACCACGCCUCGCGCUCCUUCGAAGCCUCCCGCAACGUCGAACGGCAAUGGUACGAGACCCGUGAGGAGCGUCUCCGCCAGGAGGAGCUGGCGGGGAUGAGCUUCGUCGACCGCGUGACGGCCUUUGCGCGGCGCGAGAAGUACAAGAUCGUCGGCGUCACGUGGGUCGCCAGCAUGAUCGGCUCGUUUGCCAUGGUCAGCCGUAACCCGUACCUUACCGGAUCGCAGAAGAUCGUGCAGGCUCGUGUGUAUGCGCAGGGCUUGACGCUCGCUGUGCUGGUUGCGUCGGCGGCGUUCGAGAUCUCGGAUCAGCGGAAGGGUAGGGGGUUGCUUGAUGCUGCGAAGAAGGGGAAGAAGGCCGCCGGGGAGAAGGAGGCUGCUCCGACUCCUACCCCUGCUGCCCAUGAUCCGCAGAGCGGCGACCUGUGGAAGGAUAUGGUUGCUGCUGAGGAGGAGCGGUUGAAGCAGAAGCAUCAGCCGCUGUAUGAGAAACCUCAUGAGCAUCAAAACGACGUGAGUGCGCAGUCUGCGCCAGCACCGACGGAAGAGAAGAAGGAAGAGGAGGAGGAGGAGGAGAAGAAGAAGAAGAAGUGA